GUCCCCCCGGCGGCCAUGGCUGCGCCCGUGGUCGGGCUGCUGCGAGGGCGUCUCCUGCCCCCAGCGGGCAGGCUGCCCACCCUCCAGGCUGUCCGCCAUGGCUCCAAGGCCGUGACCCGCCACCGUCGUGUGAUGCACUUUGAGCGGCAGAAGUUGAUGGCUGUGACAGAGUAUAUACCUCCCAAGCCUGCCGUCAACCCAAGAUGCCUGCCACCUCCUCCCAGCCCGCCCCAGGAGGAGUCGGGCCUCAUCCAGCUCCUCCGUCGGGAGAUAGCAGCUGUUUUCCAAGACAACCGAAUGAUCGCCGUCUGCCAGAACGUGGCUCUGAGCGCAGAGGACAAGCUCCUGUUCCGCCACCGGCUUCGGAAACAUGGCAUUGUGAUGAAGAUCUUCCCCAACCAGGUCCUGAAGCCCUUCCUGGAAGAUUCCAAGUACCAAAAUCUGAUGCCCCUGUUCGUGGGGCACAACCUGCUGCUGGUCAGUGCAGAGCCCAAGGUCAAGGAGAUGAUUCGCGUCCUGAAGAGUGUGCCUUACCUGCCGCUGCUAGGUGGCUGCAUUGACGACACCAUCCUCAGCAGGCAGGGCUUCAUCAACUACUCUAAGCUUCCCAGCCUGGCCGUGGUGCGAGGAGAGCUGGUCGGAGGACUCGCCCUGCUCGUGGCCCAGACCCACUCCCUGCUCCAGCAGCAGCCCUGGCAGCUGACCGCCCUCCUAGAGCAGUACGUCAGGCAGCAACGCGAAGGGCACGCUGAGGAGCCUGCGCCAGCCAGUGGGAUGCCCCCACCGCCUCCAGAGCCUGCUCCUCCCUCCUAGCCUGUCCCCGCCCAGAAAUACACUCACUCGCUUGGC